AUGACCCCCCCGCUAACCCUCUACCGCGGCUGGCUCUCCCCCGGCCAAUAUGUCUGGUCCCCCUUCGUCAUCAAACUUGAAGCCCGCCUGCGCUUCGCCGGCCUCGCCUACGAGUCCAAAGCCGGCUCAACCCGAUCCGGCCCCAAGGGCAAGAUCCCGUACAUCGAGAUCGCCGCCGCAGACGCACACGCGCCCACCGCGCUCAGCGACUCCACGCUCAUCAUCAAGGAGCUGGUGGCGAGAGGCAUGCUCCCGGACCUGAACGCGGGGUUGGCGCCGGCCCAGCAGGCGCACGAUCUGGCGCUGCGGGCGCUGAUGGAGGAGAAGCUGUGUCUCUACCACAUGAGGGAACGCUGGGUCGAUAACUACUACACCAUGCGCGACCAUAUCCUCUCCACCCUCCCUGCCCCCGUGCGCGUGCUCGUCGGCCUCCUCAUCUACCGGGGUGUCCGCGCGACGCUGCACGGCCAGGGAACGGGCCGGUUCACCGCGGAUGAGAUCCGGGUGUUUCGUCGGGAGAUCUGGGAGCGCGUGAACGGCUUGCUUGUGGCGGCGAAGGCGGCGUGGCGCGGCGGGGAGCCGUUCUGGGUUCUGGGCGGGGAGGGGCCGAGUGAGGCGGAUUUUACGGUGUUUGGGUUUAUUGUCUCGGUGUUGGUUUGCGAUGCGGCGCCGGAGUCGCGGGCGGUGGUUGCGGAGUUUCCGGUCGUGAUGGAGUAUGCUGAGCGGAUUCAUGAUCGGUUUUUCCCCGAUUAUGAGAAGUGGGAUGUGCUGGCGUCAUGA